GUCCUUGUAGCUACUGCACCCACCAGCAGGAACUUGGCCCAUGAUAAUUAAAGUGUGGUCAGAGGUCUUGGUAGAAAUGCAGAAUUUCAUCCCUUCCUUGGCCACCCUGAAUCAGAAUCCUCAUUUUUAAAAGAUUCCUGGGUUAUUGGUAGGCACCAGAAAGUUUAUGAAAUAUUGCUUACCAAACGGAAGCCUGAAAUUCAUUGCAUUGAUUCUUUUUCUCUGAAACCUGCCAAAAAUGCUGGUAGUAGUCCUGAGGUCAUUGAAUUGCAAAGGAUUCAGGUGAGCAACAUUGAGGCCUGUGUAAUGAUCCUUGGGUCUUGCUCUUCAAUCACUGGCUCACAGCAGCCAUCAUCUGCUCUGCUGACUGAACAUCAAAAAUACAAAACGAGAAUAGAUGUUUAAAUAAACAAACAAACAAACAAACAAAUAAAAUUCCUUUAAAGAGAAGGACAUGUUAAGUUUUUUUCUAAAAGCAGUAGAACUCAGGAAUACUGAGGCUUCUUUUGGUAUCUGUAGUUAUUUAGGAAACAGAUACAUUUGCUUUGAAAUUACUAGCUGCCCCAAAUUGGCAUUUAAGCUACUCAAUGCCAUUAGGGAAAAUUCUGCAGGAAAAAAAGUUGAAAUACUGAGGAGACAGAAGCACUGAAGAUUCAGUCUUUAAAGUAAAACAAAGAAGAAAGAUCAGACGAUUUUUUGAAAUAGUCAUAUAAUAUUCAUCUUAAUCUCUAUUCAGCCCUCCUCUUGUUUAACUACGUUAGCAGCCAGUUAUCUAAAGGAGAGGGGGGAGGGAAAAAAAAAGGAGAAGAAGGAAAAAGGUGAGGAGAGGGGAUUUAAAAAAAUAAAAAGUGAGAUCCCUGUAAUAACACCUCGAGCCACUAGGGGUAUCUUUGUACCAUUUUUCAUCCUGCACCGAUUUGGAGUAGAAACCUAUAUUAGGGGAAAACCAGGGUCCUCGGCAUUUUUUUGCGAGCAGUGCACCCAGAAUCCAAAAAGAUUUUUUUUUAAAGAAGAAAGAAAAAGAAAGAAUCCACAAUUCUUUUGGUCACCCGAACAGGGCUACGAAAUCGCUCUACUGGACAUCAGCACCAGGGAUUCAUUUUUGAGGUCAAUUUCCAAUCGAGAUAAAUCUAUUGGAUUAGUAGGAUUAUCUGAUUGCAGCUGAAAGUAACGUUGUUUGAUCAUUUGUAUUUCUUGCCUGAUGGUCGGAUUUACAUGGAGGUGGCUUUGGGUCCCAAAGAUUCCGGAUCGUGGUUGCAUCUGGAGAGAAAAAAGGAUCAAUCGACACGUUUUGGAAGUGUCCGUGGGUGAAUAAAAAAAAAAAAAGGGAAAGAAAGAAAGGGGGGAGCACAAAACUGGGGUUGCGGCUGCUUAAAGAAGGAAAAUAAAAUAAAGGAGGCAUCUUGGAAUCUGAAGCAAGAAUUGCUGGGUGCUCGACAUUCCGAAAAAAAAAAAGCGUCUAGGAACUGGUAAAUACUUUGAGCAAUUCAGCUUGCAUUUGACGGCGAAGUGCUGUAGAAACUGUCUCCUUCAAUUAUUGGAAGGGGACCUGGGGAAGAUGAGGGGCUCCCUCUGUGGAUUUAUCUUACUGAGGGAUAUAGACCUGAAGCUAACUGGAUUUGAUUUAUAAGAGGGAAAUGUACAGUCAAUGGCCACUCUCGUCACAUUGCUACUAUGGAAAACAGAAUGAUCAAUAGGAUAUGGUCUGAUAAAUAGUGAUGACUGAAGAUGCUACUUCAAUACGUGUGAAAUCAGUGGGAGAUACUGGCUGCAUGAAGAGCUUUCUGAGCUUUUCUUGACAAGCUCGCUUUUAAGAAAUCGGAGGUGUGUUCUACCAUUAGACAGUCUGUCUCAAGUGGAUACAAAUACCUUCGCCUCACUGUAACCAGACAACUACACAACUAAUGUGGGACCAUGGCACUGCCCAGAUGCACGUGGUCAACUUAUACUUGGAGAGCAGUAAUGGCGUGCUUGGUCCACAGGGGAUUGGGUGCCUCAUUGACCCUCUGUUUGCUGGGCUGUUUGCUUCAGGCUGCCCAUGUGCUCUCACAAAAAUUGGAUGAUGCAGACCCUCUGGUGACUACCAACUUCGGCAAGAUAAGAGGGGUUAAGAAAGAACUCAAUAAUGAAAUUUUGGGUCCUGUUAUUCAGUUUCUUGGGGUUCCAUAUGCAGCCCCACCAACAGGGGAACAUCGUUUUCAGCCUCCAGAACCACCAUCUCCCUGGUCAGAUAUCAGGAAUGCUACUCAGUUUGCACCUGUGUGUCCCCAGAAUAUCAUUGAUGGCAGAUUGCCAGAAGUCAUGCUUCCUGUGUGGUUUACUAAUAACUUGGAUGUGGUUUCAUCAUACGUACAAGACCAGAGUGAAGAUUGCCUGUAUUUAAACAUAUAUGUCCCAACUGAGGAUGGUCCCCUUACAAAGAAACAGACAGAUGAUUUAGGUGAUAAUGACGGUGCUGAAGAUGAAGAUAUUCGGGACAGUGGGGGUCCCAAACCAGUGAUGGUGUAUAUCCAUGGUGGCUCAUAUAUGGAAGGGACUGGAAAUUUAUAUGAUGGGAGUGUCUUGGCAAGUUAUGGCAAUGUGAUCGUCAUCACAGUCAACUAUCGACUUGGAGUACUUGGUAAGAAAUUUCUCUUAUGUUUCACCAUCAAUCCAUGAAGUAUGUGUUAGUUUUGUUUUGAAUUGUUUUGCUUUGCUUUCUUUCACUCAUUGAUCUAUGUUUGCUGACUUUGAGCCAAAAUUUUUGAUAUUUUCAAUAAUUUCUAUAAAUGUUCAUAAAUAAUUUGAUAAAAGUUUUGAUUUUAAUAUUUAAAAGUAAAAGGUAAUGAAUUGUUCACAGUGUUGAGGAAUGCUUCUCUUAGCUUGGCUGUGUAGAACUGCGAAACGCAACAGUGGCAGGGCCUGUUUUAAGAAGAAUUAGUCCCUGGGCAGAUUCUCCUCUCUUCUGCUUUUCUUUUUUAUGGCGCUAUAAAGUUGCCUGAGGUUUGCCAUGAAUGUAGAAACAAGUGUAUAUCCUCUUCAGGAAUAUGUGUAUUGACUAGCUUUGGGGAAUGAUUGUUUGCCAUUGCUGUGUAGGUUUGUUUCUUUUUUUAAUUUAUCAAUUGUAAUUAGAAAUAUUUUGUUUAAAUGCAUUUUAAUUGAAUUAUUUGGUUUGGAAAACAUGGAUUGAUUUCAUUAAGUGUCAAAGAGUUCAGUUUGAUAAUGUAUACACACAUAAAACAAUAUCAAACUGGAGAUCUUUAGUUUUGAAGAGAA